AUGGAGAAUACAAACGCAGUAAACCUUUCAGAAAUCACAAGAAGGUUCAGUUCUCUCUUAACCAGCUGUGAGAACUCCGCUUUCCCUUCAAGAACUCCAAAUACAUGUACUUUGUUUACAAGAAAUCAAGAAGACCACCAUGAUCAAGUAGUGAGCACAACAAGUCUGAAGCAACAGAUGAGUGCAUCAAUACUGGAAUUGGGGGGGAUCAGACCUUCAUGGGCAAUGACUGAAUUGGGCACCAGGUGCUUGAGGGAACUCUUAACAGAGGGAGAACCACAAGUUAAGGAUUAUAUAUUUCAUGGAGUUCUGGACUCUGUGUUUGAGUUCAUGAAGUACAUGCAUGCUCACAGGGUGUUUAAGAAGUUCUUGUACGUCUGCAAUGAAACUAGGAAGGAAAUGAUUUUGAUGCGCUUGGUUCAAGAUAAAACCAAACUAUUGGAAGUUGCAAUGAGUCCUUAUGGGAGAGAAUCUUUGAGGAAGCUUAUUAUCAUUAUGAAGAGAUCUCCAACUCUAGGUUUAGUGAUAAGUAUUCUUGCUUCUGGUAUCUCUGAUUUGAUGAUUGCUGGAAAUUACUCUUCUUUGGUGAACUUUUGCCUUGACAAUCUGAGUUAUGAGCACAAAUUGAUAAUUUUUGAAGAGAUUAUGAAAAACUUUCACAUAGUUGCAAGGCAUGAAGUGGGAUGUAUAUGGCUAAAAAGGUUAAUAGAAGAGUUGACAGGAACUCAAAGAAUAAUACUCUUGGAUGCAGUUAUAAGAAACUGCCGUGGACUUUCUAGAGAUCCUUAUGGGAACUUUGUAGUUCUACAUGUUCUGAAACUAGAAGAUCCAAGUAUUGAUGAAGCUAUAUGCUCAAGAAUUAAGGAAGACAUGGAGGAGCUUUCAAUAAUGAAAUCAGGGAGUUAUGUUGUGGAGAAAUGCAUGAGAUCCUCAGCAGGGAAGUUACUUCUUGAAAAACUGGCAAAUAUCAGGCUAAGAGAGGUAGAGAAAAUUGCAAGGAAUUUUUAUGGAAACUAUGUCAUUCAAACAGCUAUUCAAGUUUUGAAUAAGGGUGAUGAACUUCGAAAUAAGCUAGAGUUUUUGAUUGCUGGAAUCAAUCGUCCAUGGUUCAGAACAAGUUUGAUGAGUUGA